CUAAGGCCGCUACCCAUCCCCUGUUGACCGACUUGCGAGUUGACAUUCUGCAUCGACCGUUCGAACAAUCAAGCGACCGCUCAUCUCUCAUCCUUUUUCUUCCGAUCAGUUCUUCCGAUCAGCUGCAAUAUCCAGCCAGAGGGGAGCUGAUCAGCACGCUCUCCCUUCACCUCCCAGGCUUCCCACACGCUGCCCUUCAUGUCCUCUUCCUCGUCCCUCUCGGGCUCCGCCAAGCGCAAGCGCAGCGCGUCCCAGUCCCAGUCCCAGUCCCAGUUGUCAUCGGCCAAUAUCCCGAAGUCAUCGACCGCAGAUCUGUUGCAACCUUCGUCUCGGGACGCUUCCGGAGAAGAAGGUGACGAUUCAGCCGCUCCCACGGCCUCGACAGGGAAACAUAGAAAACCAUCUCAGGCCGUCGAGCCCACGUCCGUACCGCCGACCAAGCGCGCUCGAACCCGUAACGGUGCAAUGGCCGACGGACCGCAGGCUGUCGACAAUGGCGUAGCAGAGGAUACGUCGAGGAGAAAGGAAGAUCCGGGAGAACCGUCGGAGACGACGGAGUCCAGUAUCGACAUCGAACAUCGUUCCAAGAGAAAGCCGGCAUCCCAUGGCCAGACCCCAUCUUCAUCAUCAAGCAAGCAGCAUGGGGAUGCGGACGGAUUGAUGGCACCGCCCGACAGAGCAGGACUGGAGAACCCCAAGGGCUAUUCCAUGAACCCUCCCCCGACAGGACGGCCAGUGCGUGUCUACGCUGAUGGAGUCUUUGAUCUCUUCCAUCUGGGACACAUGCGGCAAUUAGAGCAGGCGAAGAAGGCCUUCCCCGAAGUCUAUCUCAUCGUGGGAGUGACCGGAGACGAAGAGACACACAAGCGGAAAGGCUUGACCGUGCUGAGCGGCAAGGAGCGAGCAGAGACGGUCCGUCACUGCAAGUGGGUGGAUGAGGUCAUUCCUAACUGUCCCUGGAUCGUCACCCCGGAGUUUUUGGAAGAGCAUCAGAUCGACUACGUCGCACACGAUGAUCUGCCAUACGGCGCGGCCGAGGGAGACGACAUCUAUGCCCCCAUUAAGGCCCAAGGAAAGUUUUUGGCCACCCAGCGAACGGAAGGUGUCAGCACCACGGGAAUAAUCACAAAGAUUGUCCGUGACUACGACAAGUAUAUCGCUCGCCAAUUCCAGCGGGGCGCUUCCCGACAAGAGCUCAAUGUCUCUUGGCUCAAGAAGAAUGAGCUGGAGAUCAAGCGCCACGUGAGUGAAAUCCGCGACAACAUUCGGAACAAUUGGACAUCGACUGGGCAAGAACUGGGCAAGGAGCUGCGCCAGUUCUGGCAGAACAGCCGGCCCAGCAGCCCUGCUCGCAGCGCACGGAACAGUGUUGAUAUUGGUGGCUCGAGGAGUGGUAAUAAUCUCACCAGCCCCACCACCAGCAACGGCACUGCUAAGACGCAUCUAUCGCGUCUGGAGAUCCCGAACCGUGCUGAGAGCCCUGGUGGCCAUGCCCGGAAUGAGGAUUUCGCGACUGGUUACAGCCUGGGAUUGAUCGGAGGUGUCAGAGCAUGGAUGAUGCGGAGCCGGACGUCUCUGCUGCAGCCCAGCCGACCCCAAUCGCCCGAGGGUAGCGAGGAAGAACACGAGGAUGAUGCCCACGCUAGGCACGCGUCCCCUGAGCUGCGUGGCAGAUCGUCCAAGGAGACAAAAGUGCCCAGCUCAAACACGACGGCUGUGGCAUCGUAAGAUGCUCGCCGUGCCUUGUCCUUUCUUGUAGGAGCCGGCAAGUGUGCCGUACGUAAAUCCAAGAAGCCCUGAAGUAAGACACGGGCCCCUGGUAGAUGCGGACGGCACCGCUUUCGA